AUGCGUUUACAGUCCGUUUACAUCUUUUAUGACGAGCAGGGCCGGGCUCACGAAGUGCGGCAAGGGGAAGGCGGAGAGCAAGGUGAUCCGUUGAUGCCUUGCCUGUUCGCCCUGGGCCAGCACAGACGGGUUCCCUCGAUCGCACCGCGAGCCAGUUCGGCCACGUUCGGGAAGCCCUCGCACGCCACACGAACAUCCAGGUGCGUCUGGGCAAGACGCGUGCGUGGAACUCCGCAGGUGAAGAACCACCAGGGCUGCUCGCCCAGCUCCCCACCGAGGACCCUGCCAACCCCUGUUGGACCGGAAGUUGGGCGCUCGCAGAAGCCCAGCAGGGCGUGGUGUAUCGGAAGCCGGGAGUUCGUCGCCGAAAAGCUCGCGCAGCGUUUGCGCAAACAGGAUUGCCUGCUCCAGCAACUCCCGCACGUGCCCCACCUGCAGUCAACAUGGCUGUUGCUGCUGUACUACUUGGUACGGACCGUGCCGCCCUCCGACACGGCAGACUUCGCCGCCAAGCAUGAUGCCGCAUAG